AUGGCAUCAGACGCCGAUCCAGUCGCAGUUUCCACCAUGUUCCAAAACCUUUACAAGUUGUACAAGGAGAGCAACAACUGCGACUUGCUACUGCUCGCAGGCGAUGGCAAGAGGUUCAACACCCACUCUUUUCUGAUCUGUGCCGCCGUCCCCAAACUGAGGGCAAAGAUUAUCGAAAAUAGCAAGAAAGGCAUAAUGAAACUUCGCGUGCAAGAGGUGAAAGGACGCGAAUUGGAGCUCGUGAUCCAAUUCGCUUACCUGGGAAGAUGCGACCUGGACGAGAAAGACUGCGGGGCAGUCAUGGAGCUCAUCCGGGCAGCUGCGUAUUUGCAAAUAGAUGCAAUGGAGAAGCAUGUGCUGCGGAUUUUUGAAAACAGCCUCAACAUGGAGUUGGCUCUGAAAGUCCACUUGGACAAAAGCUCCAAUUACUUAAAAAAAGCGUCCCCGACUGCUGAAAAGUUUGUCCUGCGCCACUUGCUUGAUGACGUUCCAUCGUCUAUUAGUUUUGAAGAUUUCAAGGCUCUGCUUCUGGACGACAGGUUGCAAGCCUCGCACGAAGAAAAGGUGUGGGUGGCAAUCCAGGGUUGGAUCAGAGCCGACCCAGAACGACGGGCAGCGUGUCUGGUGCCCCUUUUAUCCACCUUGAGAAUAGGUUUCGUCGAGCCAGAUUUCAUAGAAAAACUUGUUGAGCAUGAGCUGGUGACGCACAAUACAAAUGCCCUGAAUUGCAUACAUGAAUCGAUCACCUUGGCCCAAUCGUACCACGAGCCUACAGAGGAACUCUUGCUGGGGCAGUUGCCCACUGUCGUGCGUCCGCGUAUACCUCACGUUUCCAUUCUCGCCAUCGGAGGGUGGCGGACGGGCGAGGAAGUUUGCGCCAUGGCCGAAGUUUAUGAUCACAUUGCCAACAAAUGGACAAAUGUUGCUUCUCUGCAACUGGAUGGGCCUCGGAGCUACCACCGCGCAGAGGUGAUCGACGGCAUUGUUUAUGUAGUUGGGGGUAGCGACAAAGAGCACAGUAUGAAGACGGGCGUCAAACUUGACCUCUCGACCUUUACGUGGCGGCCGAUUUGCUCGAUGCACCACGGCAGAUGCUUUGUGUCCACUGCAGUGAUGGACGGCCAUCUCUACGCUUUGGGAGGGCGCGAGUCGUCGGAAGAGCGUUUGAAAGCGGCUGAGAAAUAUGAUCCUAAGACAGACACUUGGACAAAGAUCGCCAACACUCUCCAGUGCCAUUCUGAUGCGGCUGCAGCAGGAUUGGAUGGUAAAGUUUAUCUGGUGGGGGGAUAUAAUGGGACAGAAGUGAUGAGCUGUAUGGAGUGCUAUUGUCCAGAGACAAACACUUGGACACUCCUGCCCCCAAUGAACAAACCUAGAAGUGGCCUAGCCUGCAUUGCACACCGUGGACAUCUUUUUGUUUUUGGCGGAUUUGAUGGAACAGAGCGGUUGAGCGACGGUGAGCGCUACAACCCAAAGACCCGCACUUGGACUGCCCUGGCGCCCAUGAACAUUGCCAGAAGUACCUUUCAAAUUGUCAGGGUGGGUGACAUCUUUUACGCCAUUGGUGGUUACAGCCAAAAACCUGUGGCGGACGUUGAGGCUUAUGACUCUGUUGCUGACAAAUGGUACACCCUGAGUCCUAUGCUGCAACCGACCUCAGCCAUGGCGUGCGCCGCCUUUGACAACCUCUCCUUCUCUGAAAGUGUUUGGACGCAAACUUCAAGAGCAGAUCCAAGUAUCAGCCUGCGUGACUUUCUCAUCGAGUACCCACCCUUCCAUCCUGAGGACGAGCCUUUGCCCGAGGGUAGUCUUGGAGUCCACCACCCAAAUUUCCUAGAACCCCUGCCGAUGCCCUGGAAUGAUCUUUUUGCAAGCGAGAGCAUGGACGUGAGCGACGAUGACGGCGUCAAUUACGAACAUGACGAGCACAUCAACGAGCACCUAUUUGACGACAGCGACUUCUCUUCGGACCACGAGGACGACUGA